AUGCAAAAGGAUGCAGAUACGUAUGACGAACAGGUUCAUGAUGAAUCGCCAAUGUUUAAAAGACAUUAUGAGCUGCGGUCAAGGAACAGAAGUAGUAGUAACGUGAGUCAACGAUCCAAGGACCACGUGAGCGGUAAGAAUGAAACGGUAGCUGGUAGCAUGAGCGAUACGCAUAACGAGACGAACCAGCUCCCAAAGCUAUCAAAAUCCUCUUCCAAUACAACCAAAGGUACUGAGCCACAGAUACGAAGAGGACCUGUGAUACUGAGAAGAACUCUGAGCUCCCUUUCGAUAGGUAGUAGUAGUAAACCUGGGAAUGUGGACAAUCGCAGUUAUCAGGACAAUAUUGAUGAGGAUCCAAAUGACGAAUUGCCAGGUUUGAAGCACACGUCCAGUUAUCACUCAUUCACCAGCAAGCAUAGACAUCAUAAACAAUUGAAACAAAUGAGGGAUACAAGUGACAGUCAAAAUCAUAAUCCCAGUCAUCCUCCUAGUCAUACUCAAAAUCAUAGUCAUAAUCACAAGCACAAUCACAAUUACAAUCACAAUCACAAUCACAAUCACAAUCACAAUCAGAACUACAGUCACAGUCGCGAUCAUGAAUAUAAUAGUAGUAGUCCGGUCAGUAGUAGUUCUCAGGUAAAUGAUUAUGUGCAAUCAGAAAAGAAUUCAAAAGGUGCGGCGGCUCCGUCAAGGAAACAAUCCUUUGCUGAAGCCCUUUUGAAAAAAUUUGGUGGUCCGGGUUCUCAUUCUAAUUCUACAGCUAGCAGCUCUCACAUUAACCGUAAAAAGAGCGUCAACACUUCCAAUAGCAAUAACAGCAGCAGCAACAAUGGUGAUAAUAACAACAAGGCUACCAGUAAUAAUGAUGAUAAUAAUGCAACUGAUAACAACUAUGGUAGUACUAAUAAUAGCAAUAAAUAUAGCCACAGCACUCAAACUAGCGAGAAUGAUCAUGGUUACUCAAGUGUCAAUGACGGUAAUGGCAGCAAUACGAGCAGAAGCAAUGAUCGGCUCAAGGGGUCCAUUUCUGGUGACAAGACUCCUAAUGAAACUAGCGACAUACAAAAUCAUCAUCAUCCUAACUAUGACAGAAACCAUUUAAUACCUCCAAGUCUAAGUUCGAGAAGGUCGUCAAAGGACUCGAUAUCUGCGCAACAUAUUAUUGAAAGUGUCCCUCAUAGUUUACGUCGGAAGGUGAGCACAUUGGUACAUGGGUUUGGUCAUGACUUGGAUAAUAAUCAUCUGGACAAUCAUUAUCCCAUAAGGAAGAUAGGUACUUUCCCCGAUGGAUCAGAUAAAGGAAAACAUUCAGAUAAUUCAGACAGGUCAGACAGGUUAGAUAUGCGACCAGAUGUAGUUCGUCAUCAUACAAGUCAUUUUGUUACAUCUUCAAAUUCAACUUUGAAUAGUCCGAAAAAAGAUGCAAAUACGCCUGGCAGCAAAUUAAAUACUAAUGCUAGUCAUGGUCAGUUGUCAUCUAGUGACUCUGAAUUUAAUCCAGUAAACGAUUCCAGUAAUAUAAGCACCUUCCAGUUAGAUACGAACUUGGAAAACUUGUCAGAUAUUACAAAACUUUCCAAUAAUUCGCGCAGGGGUUCCUUGACGGGUACGAGAAUGAAGUUUUCUCCUGAUAUCAACGAAAAUGAAUCAAAUAUCAAAACAGGAGACCAGUUUGAAGCACAGAAUCUCUCAUCGUCGAACGUUUCAGAUUCAGAUCUUGAUUUGAAAGGUAAGAAGAAAUAUUACAGUAAUAAAAGUGGAACGAGCAAAAAUUCAUCAUACACUAAAGGAUCACAGCAAUGGGUUGCCCCUGAAAGUUGGGACGUUGAAUCUGAUGUAGAGAAGCCAAGAGUCAAAAGAAAUAUACAUGGUGAAUUAAUGACGGGACGUUCUCGUCGGCAAGUGCAUCAAAUGAAAAGAGGUAGAACUCCUCAAGGAGAAAUGAGUGCUUUGAGUAAUGAUUCACAAAUAGAACCACCUUCUCAGAUUUCUAGAUCUUUAAAUGAUAGUGAUGGAUUUAAGGCUUUGAUGGAUUCUGAAUCCCAGGACACCGAUAGAUUUUCUUCUGGUACUGCCACUUCUUCCGAUACAGAGAGUAUGGAAUCGGAUUCAAGAACUUCAGCAACAUCGCCAAAACCCUCACAUACAGUGAGUUCUUUGAACAAAAUAAUUGGUAAUUCCACAGAAUGUCAGAACCAAUCCAGCCAAAAUAAGGUUAAUGAUCAAAAUGAUAAUAAUAUUAGCUUAGAUUCUGAGGGUCAUGUAUUAAGCAAAGAGAUUUCAGCAGAUGAUGAGAAACACGAUCGAGUCGAAUACGAGUUAGAAAGGUAUUACAAGGAUUUUAGUGAUUUAGAUCCCAAAAGACACUAUGCAAUUCGUAUUUUCAAUACCGACGACACUUUCACCACACUAUCAUGUACGCCAACUACAACGGUCCGGGAUAUCAUACCUGCUUUAAAAAGAAAAUUCAAUAUAACAUCUCAAGGUAGCUAUCAACUAUCUCUCAAGGUAGGUAAAUUAUCCAAAAUUUUGAGACCACUGGCAAAGCCGAUCAUAAUCGAAAGAAAACUGUUACUGUUAAAUGGUUACAAAAAGAGUGAUCCUCUACAUAUAAUGGGCAUUGAGGAUUUGAGUUUUGUUUUUAAAUUUCUCUUUCAUCCAGUGGCCCCAUCCCAUUUAACGGCAGAGCAAGAACAACGAUUGAUGAGGAGUGAUUUUAUACAUGUUGAUUUAAGAGCAAUGGAUUUAACGACCCCACCAAUCAUUUUUUAUCAGCAUACAUCGGAGAUUGAAAGUUUAGAUGUAUCCAAUAAUGCGGAUAUAUUCUUACCUUUAGAAUUUAUUGAAUCAGCCAUCAAAUUGUCAAGUUUAAGAAUGGUCAAUAUAAGAGCUUCAAGGUUUCCUUCAAACGUAACCGAAGUCUAUAAACUAGUUUCCUUGGAACUUCAGAGAAAUUUUAUUAGGAAGGUACCGAGUUCUAUCUCUAACCUGAAGAACUUAACAAUUUUAAACCUUCAGUGUAACGAACUGGAUAAAUUACCGAAAGGGUUUGGUCAAUUAGGAAGCUUGCAACUUUUGGAUCUCUCUUCAAAUCGAUUUGUUCAUUAUCCAGAAGUCAUCAAUUCGUGUACUAAUUUGUUGCAAGUGAACCUCUCUAAUAAUAAGAUAUACACAUUACCAGCAAGUGUGAACAAAUUGAAAAAGUUGGCUAAAAUGAAUUUAUCUCAUAACAAAUUGACCUCAAUUGCUGAUUUAUCGGAUAUGAAGAAUUUGAGAACUUUGAAUUUGAAGCAUAAUAGGAUAACAACUAUCAAAACUAGUGCUACGAACCUACAAAAUUUAUUUUUGACGGAUAAUAGAAUAUCGGAUUUCGAUGACAAUUUACCAAAAUUAAGAACCCUUGAGAUACAAGAAAAUCCUAUGACUUCAAUUUCUUACAAAGAAUUUUAUCCGAUGAGCAUGACCAGUUUGUCUUUGAGUAAAGCAAAACUAUCGAGCGUUCCUCGAGAACUUUUUGUUAAAUUAUCAUGCUUGGAAAAGUUAGAUCUAAGUGAGAAUAAUUUAACCCAAAUGCCGGAUGAAAUAUCGUUGUUGAGCAAGUUGGUGUAUCUUUCCGUGGCGCGAAAUAAAUUGGAAAGCUUACCAGCAGAAUUUCCACACUUAAAAAGUUUGAAAUCCCUUGAUUUACAUUCCAAUAACAUCAGAGAUUUUAUGGGUGGAAUGGAAGAUAUAGAGUUGACAUACUUAAACAUUUCAUCAAAUAUGUUUGGAAACUCCAUCUUGUCAGCACCAUUUUCGCAAAAUAUAUCUUCGACAUCAAAAUUAGCCAAGACCCUUUUGUUUUUUUUGGCUGCAGAUAACCAGUUUGACGAUCAAAUGUGGCCUUUAUUCAACUGUUUCACAAACCUCAAGAUAUUGAAUUUGUCAUACAACAAUUUCCAAGAUAUUUCCAAUUUGAAAUUAGAUAAUUUGACCGAACUAUUUUUCUCAGGAAAUAAUUUAUCCACAUUGUCUGGCGAUAUUGUAUUAAAGUGGAAGUAUUUGAAGACAUUAAUGUUAAACGGUAAUAACUUACUCUCUUUACCUGCGGAGUUAUCUCAAUUAAAACAUCUAACCGUAUUCGAUGUAGGUUCCAAUAACUUGAAAUAUAAUAUUUCUAAUUAUCAUUAUGAUUGGAAUUGGAGAGAUAACAAAGAUUUGAAAUAUCUGAAUUUAUCUGGUAACCGGAGAUUUGACAUCAAAUCUUCAAUAAAUCACGAGAUAGAUGCCGAUCUUUCGGAUCUUACUGUUCUUCAUAAUCUGAAAAUUCUUGGAUUGAUGGAUGUUACGCUGAAUGCUGCCAAGGUUCCUGAUGAAAAUAUUAAUUUUCGGAUGAGAACUACAGGUUCUAUGAUCAACGGCAUGAGAUAUGGUGUGGCAGAUACUUUAGGUAAACGGGAUUUUGUAUCAUCUAGAGAUGUAACGUUUGAAAGAUUUAGAGGUAAAGACGACGAAUGUCUCAUCUGCUUACACGAUGGUAAGAAUCAAAACGCAUCUUAUGGGCAUAAUAUUUCUCGGUUGGUAAGAGACAUCUACGACAAAAUUUUGAUCAGGCAGCUGGAAAAGUAUGAAGAUACUGACGAUGGCGUGAAAAAAGCCUUGCGCUUUAGUUUCCUGCAGUUGAACAAGGAAGUUAACAGCAUGUUGAGCUCUGUCGAUAACGGUAACGAUGUGGCUAAUUUGACCUCAGCCGACCUCCUAAGUGGUUCCUGUUCUACAGCAGUCUACAUUAAGGGUAAUAAGAUGUUCACCGCCAAUAUUGGUGAUUGUAUGGCAAUUUUAUCUAAAAACAAUGGUGAUUUCCAGAAGCUGACGAAAUUGCAUGCUCCAUAUAAAAGAGUAGAAUACGAAAGAAUCAGGAUUUCUGGUGGUUGCGUCAACGACGAUAAACUUGAUGGUGUCGUUGACGUUUCAAGAGCUGUCGGCUUUUAUGAUCUACUUCCACACAUUCAUGCUUCCCCAGAUAUUUCCCUCGUCUCUUUGACAAAGGCAGAUGAAAUGCUGAUUGUUGCUACUCAUAUGCUAUGGAAGUAUAUGGAUUAUGAGACUGCAUGCGAUAUUGCUCGAGAACACAAUUCUGAACCCAUGCUUGCAGCUGAGGCAAUGAAGGACCAUGCAAUCGCCUAUGGGUGCUCUGAAAAUUUGACUAUUUUAUGUUUAUCACUGUUCAAAAACGCUGAUCAGCAGAACAGAUUCAAUUUGAACAAAAAUGCAUUAAUGACACGAAGAAGCACUUUCGAAGAUGCUACUUUGAGAAGACUGCAGCCUGAAAUUCUCCCUCCUACAGGCAAUUUAGCUAUAGUUUUCACUGACAUCAAAAACUCCACCUUUUUAUGGGAACUUUUUCCGAAUGCUAUGCGAACAGCUAUCAAAACACAUAAUGAUGUUAUGCGUCGUCUAUUAAGAAUUUAUGGGGGUUAUGAAGUCAAAACAGAGGGCGAUGCUUUCAUGGUUGCCUUCCCUACACCAAUCAGUAGUUUAGUUUGGUGUAUGAGCGUACAAUUAAAAUUGCUUUCUGCGCAGUGGCCGGAAGAAAUUACCUCUAUUCAAGACGGUUGCGUUAUCCUUGAUAAAAAUGGAAAUAAGAUAUAUCAAGGGUUAUCAGUUCGUAUGGGAAUUCAUUGGGGCUGUCCAGUACCUGAGCUUGAUUUGGUUACGCAAAGGAUGGAUUACCUAGGGCCCAUGGUUAAUAAAGCAGCCAGGGUAGAAGGAGUAGCAGAUGGUGGUCAAAUAACUCUCAGUAGCGAUUUCUGCUCGGAAUUCAAUAAAAUUAUGAAACUGCAUGAAAGGGUUGUAAAGGACAAAGAGUCGUUGAAAGACGUUUAUGGUGAAGAAUUUGUCGGUGAGCUUAUUGAAAAAGAGAUCGCUAUGCUCGAAAGUAUUGGAUGGGUUUUCUUCAACCACGGUGAACAAAAACUAAAGGGAUUGGAAACUAAGGAGCUGCUGACAAUUGCAUAUCCAAAAAGUUUAGCAUCAAGACAUCAUUUUGUGACAGAAGACGAACAGACCAGAUUGCUGAAUGAGGAUUGUUUGGUUCGUCUGCGGAGUAGUGCAAGAAAAUUGGAAUCGAUAGUUUCUGCUGUUAGCGGUGGCUAUAUUGAUGUUGAAGAUCGUGUCAAAGGCAAUAAAAGCUAUAGUGUCGACGAUGUUGUUAAAAAUAAUAUAGGUCUUGUCACUUCAGAAAAGGAAUUAUACGCAUUUUUUGACCAUCUAGUAACGAGAGUUGAGGCAUAUGCGGCCUUAAUAAAACUGCGACAAGUAGUGGGUGGUGGUCUCGACUGCUAUAGAGUUUCUGAUAGCGGCCCGGCACAAAAAAGUAUAGCGGAAUUGCUAGAGGACGUCUUAGCAAGAAUGGAGAAGUGA